UCGUUGCGGGCUGGUGAUAUGCCUGUGAGCUGCGGAGGCUGCUGUCCUCAGGUGUUUUAUGGAUUAACUCUUCAUUCAUCACAUACAACAGCAAUAUAGUUAUGGCGACCUUCCAGACUUUCAGAAACAGUCACAUGAAGACUAGAGCAUCUGUCAGAAAAAGCUUCAGUGAAGAUGUGUUCCAGUCUGUAAAGUCUUUAUUACAGAGUGAGAAGGAACUGUGCAGUAUAUCAGCAGAGGACUGUUUAAAGCAGGAUGAACAUGCCAGUUUGACUGAGGUCACAUUUCUAGGUUUUAAUGAAGAAACAGAUGCUGCUCAUAUACAGGAUUUAGCUGCAGUUUCUUUGGAACUUCCAGAUCUUCUGAAUUCACUACAUUUCUGUAGUCUAAAUGAAAAUGAAAUUAUUUGUAUGAAGGAUAUAAAUAAGUCACCAGAUAUAAACAGUGGUCCUCUAAAUCAGAGUCAUCAUUCUGGAAUGCUUUGUGUCAUGAGAGUGUCACCACCUACAUUACCAAGACUCAGAAUUGAUUUUAUCUUUAGUCUCUUAAGUAAAUAUGCUACUGGUAUAAGAUACACCCUGGAUACAUACUUGCAUCAGAAGCGCCAACUUGAGACCGCUAAUGAAGAUGAUGACGAAACUAACCAGUCAGUGUCAUCCAUAGAGGAUGACUUUGUCACUGCGUUUGAGCACUUAGAGGAAGAAGAGACCUCAAAACCAUAUAAUGAUGGAGUAAACAUUACUGCACUGAAGAGCCAGUGUGAUGCUGCUUCACAGACUACUUCUGGUCACCAGUUAGAAACCCAUGAUUUAAGGAUUCUGGUUAGCUCUGGGCUGCAGAAGUCAUUGGCUAAACCUUCAACUUCCUUAAUAAACGUUCUGGGACAUAAAGAACAACCUGUGAAAAGUUCAGUCACAACAUCAAUUUCUGAGCCUUGGAUCCAAAGGAGUUUCUAUAGGUCAUCUAAUGCUUCAGAUAAAGGUAGUGAUACACAGAAAACGUUUUUUUCUUCUUCUCCUGCCUAUUCAUCUGAAUCGGAGUGCUCAAGUCCAAGUCCGGUUAUUUUCUUAGAUGAAGAAGGAUAUCAGAAAAGUUUAAAAGCAAAACUUGAGUUACCUAAAAUUCCUGUGAUGAAAGAUGAUAUAGAGGAUUCAGACUCAGAAGUAAGUGAAUUUUUUGAUAGUUUUGAUCAGUUUGAUGAACUAGAACAAACUUUAGAGACUUCUUGUCCAUUUCUGAAAGAUCCUGUCAUAGGGAAGCCAUCGAAAAAGAAAGGGCACAAACAUGUCAAAUCUUGUUCUGUAACCACUACUAUGAAUCCUCAAAAAUUCAAGUUUGAUCGUCCAGCUCUCCCAGCUAAUGUUAGAAAGCCAACGCCUCGUAAACCAGAAUCCCCUUACAGCAACCUGUGUGAUGCUCCAGAUUCUCCUCGCCCAGUGAAGGCAUCUGGGGAAGACAGUGGCUUGUUUAGCCCCAUUCGAUCCUCUGCUUUUAGUCCUCUUGGAGGCUGUACACCUGCUGAAUGUUUUUGCCAAACAGAUAUUGGUGGAGAUAGGAUUCAUGAAAAUCAUGAUUCUAUUUAUUACACCUAUGAAGAUUAUGCGAAUAGCAUUUCAUGUGAAGUACUGAGCUCAGUUCUCCAUACCCAAAAUACUAAUGUAACGUCAAACAUUAAUAGCAUUAAAAAGGGAGAAAAUAAAACCAUAGCUCUUAAGAGUGGAAGCCUUGAUCAAAAAAGUAAAUCUAAGAAUAAACCCUUCAUGAUUAGAGAUAGCAUUCAAAAAUUUGCAGCAGAUCUUGUGGAAAAAAGUUUUGGCAGUGCAUUUAAAGACUUGCAGAAAGGAGUCUCUUCCUGUACCAAUGCAUUGUGCCACUUAGCCAUCAAAUUGACAUCGUCUGUUUUUCAGGUGGCUUUUAAUGAACUGAGAAGGCAGCGUGCAUUUUCACUGAAAGAACGUGCCAUUAGUGGUCUUGCUAAUUUUUUGGUGAGUGAAGCUUUAUCAAAUGCUUUAAAAGAUUUACAGUAUGUAAAGAAGCAGAUAUUUACAAACGUAGUUGCUGGGUUUGCUGCAGAUCUUGCUGAAGAGCUUGUUUUUGAAGGUAUUAUGGAAGUGUGUCAAUUUUCAUAUCCCUCAACACCUGCAUCUCCACAGUGUUCAUUUGACUAUGAAGACAAAGUAGUGAAGUCAUAUGCAAAAGAUUUGUCUGAGUCUGUAAUACAGGAAGCAUUCAUUGAGCUAUCACAAGUUGAUGUGACCUUUACAACAAAGGCAGCAGUUAGUGUUUCUACAGAUAACAUAAAGUAUGUGAGUGCUGAAAAAAUUGUGCCAUGGACACAGACCUCCACAUACACCCCUGCUUUUAACAGUCAAGCAAUUAUGGUGACAAAACCAAUGCAGGCAUAUAAAAAAGAAUAUACUGUACAGCAGGCCUUGUUUUGUACUUCUGGAAUUGUUACUUCUAUACCAGUGCCUCUGGCAGGAAGUGCCCUUCUCCCAUAUCACUUUUCAACUAAUACAUAUCAGACAAAGUCUCAUCUGUCAUCUGGUGAUGGUAAUUUGAAUGGUGAUUCUACCGAAGCAGAUGUUUCCACAAAAAACGAAGAAGAAGUAGCUUGUCUCAGAAAUAUUUGUUUACCUUCAGAACACAGUCCGAGUAACCAGAAUGAUUUUAAACUAACUAAUGAUGAUGUUGAAACGCAAAACUCUUCAAAACUGACAAGUGAGCCUGUGAUUAUUAGCAACUUUUCUGCAGCAAUGGUGCGUUCAAUAGUAAAUGAAACUUUAGAGUCAGUGACAUCAUUCAAAGUUACAAAAGCAGUUGAUAAACACACAGAUUGUUUAACUAAAACAGUAAAGGAAAGAAAUCCUCCUUUCCGCUAUGAUCAAGUGACACUACAACAGAAUGAAGCUAGCAAUAAGGACAUGUUUGUUGAUCGAUUAUCUAAAUCUGUUAUUAAACAUUCCAUAGAUAAAAGUAAAUCAAUGAUCCUAAAUGUGGAUAAAAAUGCAGUAAACAGGGAAGACUUGCCUAUUCCUGGAGAAGAGUCACAGCUAACCUUGGAGAAGUUUCCCGGAUGUCUUGAUGCUCAAGAUCACUUAACUCACUGCUCACUUUUAGUUGGAAAGGAUUGUGUUCCAGAAUGUAAAGAUUCUGUAGCUCAUGGAUUUUCUUUAGAAACACUACCAUGUUCAACUGUGGCAGGUCAGAAACCUGAUUUGAAGGAAUCUGCUAAGGACAAAUCAAUGAAAAAGUAUAAUUUGAAUAAUACAGUACCUGUGCCCUUGCCUUUUGGGCAAGAAAGUCCUUUUGCCCAUUCACAGACUUUCUCAUCUGCAGUGCUUACGUGCGUAGAUGGUUUGCAUGCGGAAGAUAAACAGAAAAUUAGAGAUGGAAAUGUAAUACCUGAUACUCCCCCAUCAACUCCUCUAGUACCAUCCCAGGCUAGUUCUGAAUGGGAUAUCAAGAAGUUAACCAAAAAGCUCAAGGGGGAAUUAGCAAAAGAAUUUGCACCUGCUACACCACCUUCUACACCUCACUACUCAUCUGUUGGUAGUUUGUCUGAAAAUGAACAAAAUGCUAUUGAAAAAGAAGAGUUCAUGUUGAAACUCAUGCGAUCUCUUUCAGAAGAAGUUGAAAGUAGUGAAGGUGAAGAGCGUCCAGAAGUGGAUGUGAAGUCAGAGCACUCGGAGAAAAAAGUUCAGUUUGCUGAAGCAUUAACUACACACAUCAUUUCUCUUGCAACUGAAACGGCAGCUUCCCAUUUAGAUAAUAAAAUAAUUCAAGAACCCAAGAUUAAAAUCCCUUGCUUAAAUGUGCAGAGUCAAAGAAGUGUAUCAUCUAUGUCGUUGCAUCACUCAGAUGAAAAUUUAGAAACAUUAUGCAAUUUUGCAGGUGAUAUGGCAGCAGAAGUCAUUACUGAAGCUGAGAAAAUAGCCAAAGGUAGAAGUUACGUGCUUUUCAGUGAAAAGAACAACAGUUGUUACAGUGAUGGUGACCAAGAUUAUAGAUCAGAAGAGAAGUUGAAUAUAGAGACUGUAGCACACCCAAGAGAAGUUGAUCCGUUUAUUCUUUCAUUACCACCAAGCUCUUAUAUGUCAGGUCUGACAUACAAGUAUCCCAGCUGUGAAAGUGUGACAGACGAAUAUGCAGGUCACAUUAUCCAAAUACUAAAACAGGAAGGUGGUAAUAGUGAGUUAAUAAUGGAUCAGUAUGCCAAUAGACUUGCUUAUCGAUCGGUCAAAUCAGGAUUGCAAGAAGCAGCUAAGACAGCCAAAAUGAAGUGCAACUCAAAAAUGUUCCUUGUGCAGAGCUCACAGGUGAAAGCCAACAAUGAACUCUUAAUGUUCUUAAAUAAAAAACACCACCAAGAAGUAGAUAAAAAAAGACAAAGUAAAAGAAAUGGAGGUUACCUCUGUAAAAAUCAAACUUGUGAGUGGACACAGGAUACAUAUGGAAAUGAAUGUUCUAAACUGUAUAGUUUUUCAACCUCUCUCGCUCAUAGCAUAACCAGAGAUGUUCAAAAAGAGCUGACAAUGUCUGCAGUUAGCUUGCCAAAAUCCUCAACAGAUUCUUGCCUUUAUGAAAAAUCUGGAUGUGAUGAAGAUACCGAGUCUCACAUUGAGCCAGAUUUUCCUAAGUCUCUUCAGCCUUCCCCACAAAAUCACAGAUUUUACCACAGUACAGGCAGUUUAAAUGGGUAUGGUUAUGGAGAGAAUGUUGUUCAAGCUAUAGAACAGUAUGCUAAAAAAGUAGUGAAUGACACUAUGGAACUCAGCUUAGGAUCUGCAGUUUUCCAAGUGUCUGAGACCACAAAAGCAGCAGAUAGGAUCACUUAUGCAGAAAAGUUGUCACCUCUUGUAAGUCAAACUUGCAGGUAUUGUGACCAUAAAGAACUCCAUGACUGCAGUGGAAAUUCACCUCAACCCUCUUUCAGACAGGAUUCACUUGCUCACAGUAAGCCAGGUUCUAAUUCAAAAUUUAGCAACAUUUAUCAGAAGUCUAGAAUUUUUCACCUUGAUGUUCCUCAAAUUCAUGUUGAUCUUGAUAAGAAGACAGUGCUUGCUGAGAAGAUAGUUGCUGAAGCUAUUGAAAAGGCAGAGAGAGAGCUGAGCAAUACCAGUUUGGCAGCUGAUAGUGGAAUUGGACAAGAUGGUGUUAGCUUUGCUGAAAGCCUUACCACAGACAUAAUGACAUCAGCGAUCAUGAAUGUUGAACAUGCUGUUAACAGUCUAAAAGAAAUAGAAGAUUUUCAGUCAACUGAAUCUUUUGGUAGCCAGCAGAUGAAUCUCAGUAUUGGUGAUGACAGCACUGGUAGCUGGUCCAAUUUAAGUUUUGAAGAUGAACACCAGGAUGAAAGCAGCAGUUUUCAUCAUCUAAGUGAAAGUAAUGGUAACAGCAGUAGCUGGAGCAGUCUUGGUUUAGAAGGAGAUUUGUAUGAGGACAAUUUAUCCUUUCCAACAUCAGACAGUGAUGGGCCAGAUGAUAAAGACGAAGAGCAUGAGGAUGAUGUAGAAGGUUUGGGGCAAGAUGGAAAGACUCUGCUAAUAACGAAUAUUGACAUGGAGCCAUGUGCAGUAGAUCCCCAACUAAGGAUUAUUCUUCAGUGGCUCGUGGCCUCUGAGGCUGAAGUUGCAGAACUUUCUUUUCAUGACUCUGCAAAGAAGGAGUUUAUACGACUUUCAAAACAAUUACAAGAAAAAGGAUGGAAAGUGGGCGACGUCCUGCAGGCGGUGCUUCACUACUAUGAAGUGAUGGAAAAGACCUCCGGGGAGGGGACAUGCAAGGCACUGUUUGACUGGCUCUUGGAAAACGCAUAGAACAAACUCCAGACCAGUAUAUGUUUAUUAUUUGUUUUAGGAGAGGAAGAAACAGAAUAAAGAUGCAUAGGGUAAAAUUUGAAUAGUGAAUAUUAACUUUUAAAGUGAAUUGGGGGAAAGUAAGUAUAGCUUUUUAAGCUCCUGUGUCAUCACAUGCUGUAUAUAGUUCAUACUUUUAUAAUCUCUGUCAAAUAUUAUUUUCACUUAUUCUUCUAUACACAUGUGUAAUAUGUUAAGACCCUAAGAACAUGUAUUUGAAGGAAGGUCUAACCAUGAGGUUUUCAGGGACGUUGAUUGAUGUCAUUCUUUUUACAUCCAAAUUGUGCUGCUAGAAACCGCACUGAGGUGGCUAAGGAUAGGUUCCAGGGAUAAAGAGUUAGAAUUUUGCUCCUUUGCAAACAAGUGGUAUCCUAUUAAUAACUAUUGACAUAAAAAACAGCAUCGAGGCUGAUUUUUUUCUGGUAGUUUUGGACUCAUUUUUAAAUGUCAGUUUUAUUUUCAUAGCUCAGCCAUUGGUAGCUUUUUGAAUCCCUCAAACAAUUUAAUUCCUUAGAAACAUUAAUAUUUUAGGUUUCUGUUAAACAGUAGUUUUCUCAGCCUUUCAUCAAAGUAUAUUAUUUGCUAAUGUUGCCAAUUGUUCUGGCAGGAUGGUGAAUAUGUGUGUGUGUGAGUUUGUGUGUGUGUGUGUGUGUGUGUGUGUGUGUGUGGUGUGUGUGUGUGUGUGUGUGUAUGUAAAGGAUUACUUUAACCUUGCUAGUGGUUUGUGCCCUCUUCUAUUUUAAUGUUUUCUUGGUUAGACUUUCACUGUUAACAUUGAAAAGGUGCUUUAAAAUAAAAUGUCUAAGAUUGUGCAGUAAAAAUUUUUAUUUCUUUUUUUGACUCUUUGGGGUCCCCAGCUUACCCUAUAAAUGAAAAUAAAGUUGCAAAACAUGUUGAAAUUUUAAAAAUUAAUGUUAAUACAGAAAUGCAUUUAGAGAAGUCCAGUAAUGAUUUUCACUCUUGAAUUUUUGAAAACCUCUCCACAUUAGCAAAGAUAAGCUUUUUCUAGGGGAAAAAAAAAAGGAUCCUCCCCAGAUAAAAUCUACCUGCACUAUUUUGUAACGACCUCUGACGUGACCCUUCUGGGCUCUACAUUUCCUACUGCUUAAGCUUUAGAAACUGCAAGUUGACUUGAAUAGAGGACCGAGAUUGUGUCUUGGUUUUGUAUUCAAGGGUAUGCGUGUGUGAAUUUUUUGUUUCUUUCAUUAGCGGAUUUUGUAAUGUAGAGUAAAUCACUUUUUGUUGGGGGCUUUGGUUUUGCUUCAGUCCAUUUUCUUUUUCCCUGAGCACUGACUUUUUUGGAAGCUGCACAAAGUGUAGAAGGCAUAGCACCUGCCAUGGGGCAAGGAAUAGGGGCACUUAUGUUAAUUUGAAUUAAUAAUUAGGGUAGAGAAAUGUAUUUUAUAAUGAAAGAGUCAACUUUGCUUUUUAAGAAAAUGCCAGGACCUUAAAUAUUUUGAGGUCAUAUUGCAAGCUUUGGCUUUUCUCAGUUGAAGAUAAAGAAGUAGAGCAGGCCUUAAAAAUAAGUGUUCCUCAAGUUUCUUCAAGUGUUUUAAAGUGGAGAAAUGCAGGAAAUGUAUAUAACCAGGAUCAUUUGUCUUUAGUUUCUCAGAACUUGAGAUGCAGCAGCACUGGGCUAGAUUUUUAAACGUUAGGAGUUGUGUUGUUAAUUUUAACACGGGUUAGUUGAUUAUUAAGUUUAGUUGAUUAUUGAAUUUUUACAAAUAUAUAACUGUCAUUGUGUUUAGAAUCUUCAGUGUAUGUACGGGUUUGAUUAACAGCAAACUGAGUUGUGAAUUUCUUUUAACCUAAUGUGACCAUAUAUUACUUUUGUAAAACUUUGUGCUUGAAAAUGUUUAUGUUUCUCUUGUGGUAAUAAUCAUUUUGAGGUAAGAUUUUCCUCAUAUCCUUUUUUCCUUUGCAUUUUUAUGAAGCUGUGCUGUAUUCAGAGUUUCCUUACAUAGCCUCCACAUAUGUCAGACUGCUCAUUAGGUAUUAGCAUGCCUUGUAAUAAUCAUAGUGGAAGUCCACACUUGUAUCAGUUCAGUGCAGGGGGUAGAGAAAAAUGUUAAGUAUUGGCAGAUGUGAAAAGAAGAGUGAAUUAAACUUUCUUAACUUAAAAAGAAAACAUUUGUCUUUAGAGCAGUCUCUUUUAACCAAGUACAGUUUAAAUUUACUUUAUUUAAAGGCACUUUGUGAUUUUUCCAAAGACAUGCUAGAUCCUUUUGCUCAGUCUUCAGAACAGCUCUGUUUGUUGAAGACAGCUCUGUCUUAUUUUAAUACAAAUCUACUUGACAUAUUUAUAUUAUAAUGUUGUAUUAUUGCCAUUCUGUAGAUUUUGGCCUUUAUGAAAUAUCUUAUUCAGAACUGUUAAAAUUGUGAUGUGCAUUGAAUUGAAUUUUCUUUUAUCACUUUUAGAACCAUUGAAGGAUCUGUGGAAAGAAAGUGAAUGAGGCCUCUGAUCAGGGGUUUUUAGAACAUUAUUUUAGACUGAAAUGUGGCAAGUUUUUCCAAAGCUGCCUUUUUUCAAGCUAAGUUCAAAUUUUUAGGUAUUAUUAAUGUUGAUUUUGAACCUAUAUUCUGAUUUAUACAAAAGAAAUAAUUCAUUUAUAAUUCACAGAAGAAAAUUACAGUGUCUCUUGGAUGGCUUGAUACAAUUUAAUGGAAUAAAACCUUUGAGAGUGUUCACCCAGUGAAUAUAUGUGGUGAUAUCUUUAUACUUUGAGAAAUGUUUCACCCUUACAGAUAUUUGAUGUGAAUUAAUUCAGUUCAUUAAUACUUUCAUUAUGCUUAAAUAAGGGUUUUGUGUUGUUGGUAGGAGAAUUUAAUUACUUACUAAAUGCACCCUAUAUGAAGUGAAAGGUAGUUUACACAAUGACUUUGACAUCAGUGCACAUUCCCCAGAUGCAAAGUUUAACUUUGACUUAUUGUCAGAGUUCACAUCCAGAUGUUUUCUUAUUUAGCUAAUAUUUUUCCAUAAUUAGUAUCAUCAGUUUCUCAUCAGUAUAUUGCUUAAAUUUUAUAUUUUUCAAAGGAAACUUUCCAGCAAAUUUUAAAAAAAUGAUGCAUCCAUACUCAAGCUGUAGGGAAAAUACUUUCAUUUAAAACCCUGUCUACCUGUCAGCAGCACAAAAGAAUUAGAGCUACAGUGGAAAUUAUAAAAUUGUACUAAAGUGAAGUGCUCUUUUUCUCAGUUUUAGCAAAAGACCCUGUAUGCAUUUACUCACCUGUAUUUCUGCUCUGAAGAUGCAGAUACAUACAGUGUUAGUCACUCUUGUCACUUUAUUUAUUUAUUUUUUUUUACCAUCUGUGUACAUUCCUUUCACAAGGGUUGAAUUGUAGUUGUAGAAGUUCAUUGUUUUGUUUUUGUUGUAAUGUUUGAAUACUAUUUAAUAUCAGGUUUAAUAUUGCUGGAUUUGCUACCUUUGGUUACUUGUGCAGUGUUAAAAGUAAUUACCUUCUUGUUUAGUAUACCAGAUAUAUAGCAAAAGCAGCUUUAAAUAAUUGUAGCUGUUUAUUUGACUGUGCUGAAUGACUAUAUUAAGAUCUUGUAUUGUAUAACAGUAACUUCUUUUCUGCUUUUCAGUAAUUUAAUAUGUUCAUUUACCAAAAUAUGAACUUCAGGAUGCACUAAAAUUUUGUUUUAGCAGUGGUUCAAAAUAAACAUUUCAGAAAUUACUUUUGUAAUAAUUUGCAGUUGUUCUUUUAUCUUCUAUCAGUUGUUUAAGUCUUUGAUCUUUCCCCUUCCAACUAAGACUUCUCCAAUAAACUUAAGAAAUGCCUGG